GUUUGUUCGGAGCAGUACAGAUAAAUAGUCCUGUCAAAAGGCGCAGCUCGCGGUCGUGCAGACGCAGCCUGGGCCCAGCGCUGAGUUUUGGGCCCACGCUCUCUGGAGUUAGCGGCAGAGCUCACUCCCGCGGCUCGGUGCUGCGGAACCCUGGUCUCCAGUCCUCCUGAGACCUGGGUUCGGCCCCCGCCUACGCUAAGAGCGGAAGGCAGAGGCUGGGAGACUGGCUUGGGGGGAGGAAGGAGCUUGGGAGUUGGCGUGGGGGACGCAGCGAUGUCCACGGGUUCGGUGAGCGACCCGGAGGACAUGGAGCUGCGGGGGCUGCAGCGGGGGUACCAGGUCCCCGCCUCCAAGAGGCCGCCCCUGCGCGGCGCAGAGCGCAGCUACAUCUCACCCAGUGACAACUCCUCGGCGGAGGAGGAAGACCCCGACGGCGAGGAGGAGCCGUGCGCUCUGGACGCGGCGGGCAGCGCUGGAGGCUGUAAGAGAAAACGGCCCCGCGUAGGUGGGGGCGGCAGCGGCAAGAAGCCCCUCCCGCCCAAGGGCUCCGCGGCCGAGUGCAAGCAGUCGCAGAGGAACGCGGCCAACGCCCGAGAGCGCGCCCGAAUGCGCGUGCUGAGCAAAGCCUUCUCAAGGCUCAAGACCAGCCUGCCCUGGGUGCCUCCCGACACCAAGCUUUCUAAACUGGACACGCUCCGACUGGCUUCCAGCUACAUCGCCCACCUGCGGCAGCUACUGCAGGAGGACCGCUACGAGAACGGCUACGUUCACCCGGUGAACCUGACGUGGCCAUUUGUUGUCUCCGGACGACCCGACUCUGACACCAAAGAAGUUUCCGCCGCCAGCCGACUCUGUGGGACCACGGCUUAGGUCAGACUUGAACUGAACUUACUUAUUGGGAUUACCGGUUAAACCCGUGCUUGGGGGUCACGGAGAGAAGGGAGACUGCGUGCGAACCCCCAGAAUGCGAAGGAAGUUCCACUGGGUUCUCCUAGACACCCCUCCACCCCGAAAUCGAACAGGACAGCGGGCGUGGCUGUCGCAGCUGGGCACGCAGGGACCCCGGCUGCCGCGAAUCUGGGCAGGGACACUCCACUUCUCCAGAAGGAGCCUGCGGGCUAGUGAGCGCGGACCGGUAUCCCACCUCGGACUAUAGCGGAGCAGACUAACCCCCACGCUGCCUUCGGAGCCCCGGGCCAAACCGCCCUGGGGGAGCUUCCCGGCUGAACCAGAGACGAAUGCAGGACUGGAGAUGGCACAGUUCUGCGUAGCGCGCGCCUUUACGGUUAGGCACCGUUAGGACUCUCUCUCCCCGUGACAAUCGGCUGCAAAGACACAAGUCUUCCUGGGAACUCACAUCGGGCAGGCUUUUAAGUUGCGAAGAGAGGAGAGUGAUACCUGGAUAGGGUCGGUAUCCCACCGGGCAGCGCCCCCCAGGCGGACAGUGGGGAGGGAGCCCUGGCAGCGCCGGAAGCGGUGGUGGCGCGCAGUCCAAAAACACCUGAACCGGGUUUGCCCUAAGCGCUCACCUCCGUACGGCGUCUCUGUUGCGGGAAGACCCCUCACGGCUGCAGACUCCCACCCCUUCCUGACCAGGCUUCGGUCUCCCCCAGCCCCUCCUAGGUGUGAUCCACCUUCCGCGCCACCUUCCCAGGCUAGGGUCUCCUUCCUCCACUCCCUCCUCCCACACCUCCUUGCAGAGUCCCCUCCAACUCGUGACUGUCCCCACCUGCCCUCAACUCCCACCCCCGGCACCCCCGC